UGUGAAGAACACACAGUUAACUGAUUACGGAAAGAAAUAAUCUCCCUGCAGAGAGAGAGAGAGAGAGAGAGAGAGAGAGAGAUGAGGAAGGAUGUGGUGGUGGCGGCUGCGGUGGCGACAGCAGCGACAGUGGUGGUGGUGGCGGAGGUGGUGAGACGGAGGCAGCGGCGGAGGGAGCGGCAGUGGAAGAAAGCCCAAAACAUUCUUCGCAAGUUUGCGAGGGAGUGCGCCACCCCCGUCCCCAAUCUAUGGCAGGUGGCCAAUGCCUUGGUCUCCGAUAUGCAGGCCGCUCUUUCUUCAGCACCACCAGAAACUGGCGGUGCCGCCCUUACCAUGCUCGUCUCCUACGUUGCUUCCCUUCCCACUGGUGAUGAAGAGGGAGUGUAUUACGGAAUAAAUCUGAAGGGUACAAACUUCUUGAUGAUACGUGGGCAGCUUGAAGGGAAGAAUCACAAUAUAUCAGAACCCCUUAAGGAGGAGGUCGCCAUCCCUUCUGCUCUCAUGGCUGCCACUACCCAGGAAUUAUUCGAUUAUAUUGCUGCGGAGCUAGCACAAUUUGUAUCGACAGAUUCUGCCAUUGUUAAUGAGACGGCAGGGAGGGAAAAAAUUCUGGGAUUCACCUUAUCACUUCCAGUGGAGCAGGAUGCCGCCUCCUCUGCCACUGCCAUUAGAUGGAAGAGUUUAUCCAUUGAUGACCCAGUUGAAAAAGAGUUGGUGAAUGAUAUCAAUCGUGCUCUGCAGAAACAUGGUCUGGACAUGCGCGUUUUCGCAUUGGUUGAUGAUACCAUAGGACGCUUGGCCGGAGGGAGAUAUUACAGUCGGGACAGUGUGGCUGCAGUAACUCUUGGAAUGGGCACAAAUGCUGCAUAUGUUGAACCAGCACACGCAGUUCCCAAAUGGAGUGGCCCAUCGCCCAACUCAGGCGAGAUGGUUCUUAACAUGGAAUGGGCCAAUUUCAGUUCAUCCCAUCUUCCAGUCACAGAGUUUGAUAUUAGUUUGGACGCAGAGAGCUCCAAUCCUGGCACCCAGACAUUUGAAAAGCUUAUUUCAGGAAUGUAUUUGGGAGAAAUAGUGAGAAGAGUUCUUCUUAAGAUGGCUCAACAAACAGCUCUGUUUGGCGAUAUUGUGCCCCCAAUGCUCAUGGUCCCAUACCAAUUAAGGUCACCUGACAUGGCUGCAAUGCAUCAAGAUACAUCGGAGGAUAGAGAAGCCGUGGGUGAGAAACUAAAGGAAAUUUUUGGGGUGGAGGAUUGCAGUCCAAUGGUGAGAGAAGUGGUAGCGGAGGUGUGUGACGUCGUGGCGGAGCGCGGGGCUCGUCUGGUGGGAGCUGGCAUGGUAGGGAUAGUGAAGAAGCUGGGGAGGAUAAAGGGGAAGAGAAGCGUAAUAACAGUGGAAGGAGGGCUGUAUGAGCAUUACCGAUUGUUUAGAAACUAUAUGCACAGCAGUGUAUGGGAGAUGCUGGGAAAUGAGCUUGCAGACAAUGUGGUUAUUGAUCAUUCUCAUGGCGGCUCGGGUGCUGGUGCUCUGUUUCUCGCUGCUUCCCAAACCCUCAACCAUGAUUCCUGAUGCACAAACACACACACACACACACACACUCUUCAAUCUUCAGGAUGCUUUUCUGUUUGUUUCUUUCUUCUUCUUCUUUUCUCCUCUUGUUGAACACUUUAAGCCUCGUUUCAAACUCAACAAAUAUUUUUAAAAACAAAAAUAAAAUCAAGAAAUUUACUUUU